AGCGUCGCGCGACGAACGUGAGUGCCGCGGUGUCCAUGUGAAGUGAAGUGACAACUGACAUGAUGCUGGGCGGCAUGGACGGCAAGGAGUACGGGGCGCUGCACGCCGCAGCCGCCGCCGCGGGAUACGCUAUGGAUACCGACCCUAGUGCGGCGGGUAUGGGCAACCCUGGCAUGGCAGGCACAGGCACCCAGCAGUACGGAGAGGUGAACCAGCUCGGAGGAGUCUUCGUCAAUGGAAGACCACUACCCAACGCGGUACGACUGAGGAUAGUCGAACUAGCACAACUUGGAAUCAGGCCAUGCGACAUCAGCCGGCAGCUGCGAGUGUCACACGGCUGUGUCUCCAAGAUCCUGGCGCGCUACCACGAGACCGGCUCCAUCCUGCCAGGAGCCAUCGGCGGCUCCAAGCCCAGGGUCACCACACCUAAGGUGGUAUCAUACAUAAAGCAACUCAAAGCGAAGGACCCUGGCAUCUUCGCGUGGGAGAUCAGGGACCGGCUGCUGGCGGACGGCGUGUGCGACAAGUACAACGUGCCGUCGGUGUCAAGCAUCAGCCGCAUCCUGCGCAACAAGCUCGGCGGCGGCGCGCUGUACCCCGUGCCGCCGCUCUACCCUGUGCCGCCGCAGCGCUGCUGGCCGCUGCACCAGCCCUACGACUACUACGUCUACUUACAGGGUCGUCAGCACACAGCAGGCAACCCCCACGCGCUGCCUCACCCUCAUCAGCAGCCACCUCCGCCCCACCAUGCGCACGCGCAUGCCCUCUGACACGCGCGCCUCGCUACCAAUCACGACCGGUGAUUAACAUAGCCGGUGAUCACUAGAUCACCACCAGUGACCAGUGAUCACCCAGUGAAGUGAAGUGAUACUAUUAGUGAUCGUGGUACUAUUGAGUGACGGGAGUGACAGUUGACACUAUUGCAGGGUACGUCACGACUGAGAUUAGUAGAGUAAGAUAUACUUUAUAUCACUGUACUUGGCUGUACAUGUCAUAUGCAAGGGCCAUGAUUUUAUGAAGUAACUGUAUUUAAUAAAGAAAUUAAAUUAGAAGUGCAAAAUUUUAUGAAUUCGCCAUAUUACUCGAAAUAUAAACAUUGAAAAUGUGAUGAUAUAGAAGAUAUUUUUGUAAUUACAAUUGAAAGUCUGGAACUAGACAAAAACGACUAGUCUCAAUAACCUUUCGGAAAUUACUAGUUGAACAAAAAUUCUGAUUUAUUUAGUAUCAAACUUAUGUCUAAAUUGUAUCUCUAUCAAAAUUGCAGUAAUUGAGUCUCGUAGUUCGUGUGUCCGCCUGUGGUUGACUCCAGGGCCUGGUUCAAAGUGCUGAGUGAUAUAAAAGUGACAAACUGAUCUUGUAGUGAUAAACAUAGUUGUUGAUAAAAAGUAUUACCUAUAUUAUUAUUGUAUAUACGAUACGUUAUCACGUGUAAGAUACAUAGAUUCUAUUAAAUAUUUGUUUACAAGGCGAUUCAUAUCACAGUUUUGGUAUAAAGAAAAUUAUAUAGAAGUACCUGUGCUGACGCAUAGAUAAUGUCUGUCAUUGCAUUGCAUAAUUUUAUAUCGAUAUAUGAUUAAAUAAUAUUGUACUUUAUUUUUAUAACAAAUUAAUUUGAUAUGAAAGUACAUACAUAUUGUACUAUUAGUAUUUUUAUUAACGUUAUGGCUAUUUUUAUGUCGAAAGCUGCGAGCCGUCGGUAGUUGGCCGUCGGAUUAAAAAAUAUUGAAUUGAUUCAUCAGCGUGAAGAAGAAACUAUCAGAAAUUAUUUAUACAACAUAUGUUAUCUCCAUUUACAUAGCUAAUUUACUAAUGUUUUCUGGACAAAACGAACUUAAAUUAUAGUACUUUAGUGUUUAGAAUCGAGUUGUGAUAUGAACCGUCAAAUAACUUGUAGAUAUUUAGGUGUAAGUUAUGGUAUCAUUAAGUGAAGCGAUGCGGAUGUCCUCAACUGU